UGCUUCAUGGCGGUUACGGAGACUGCGGUAAAUAAAUUCCUUGAUAAAGAGACACUUUGACAAUUUUCAGCCACAGUGGUCAUUGCAAUUUGUUGAAUUGUUAAAGCUUCCCCAUCAGUCCUCUUCCCCUUGGGGGCUUUCCUGCCUCAGUCUGGUGGACCCAGCGAUUAGCGGGUUGCGUAGGGAGGUGAAGCUCUGACGAUGGAGAAUGGACAGGGCACAGGCUCCAAGCUUGGCCUGCCGCCUCUCACUCCAGAGCAGCAGGAGGCACUUCAGAGGGCAAAGAAGUAUGCCAUGGAACAAAGCAUUAAGAGUGUGUUGGUGAAGCAGACCAUUGCCCAUCAGCAACAACAACUCACCAACCUGCAGAUGGCAGCAGUGACAAUGGGCUUUGGAGAUCCUCUCUCACCUUUACAAUCGGUGGCAGCUCAGCGGCAACGUGCUCUAGCCAUCAUGUGUCGGGUGUAUGUGGGCUCCAUAUACUAUGAGCUUGGUGAGGACACCAUCAGACAGGCCUUUGCCCCCUUCGGCCCAAUCAAGAGCAUUGAUAUGUCUUGGGAUUCUGUUACAAUGAAACACAAGGGGUUUGCCUUUGUGGAGUAUGAUGUGCCAGAGGCUGCUCAGCUGGCUCUGGAGCAGAUGAACUCAGUCAUGUUGGGGGGGCGAAACAUUAAGGUUGGGCGGCCAAGUAACAUCGGUCAGGCGCAACCCAUCAUUGACCAGCUGGCAGAGGAGGCGCGCGCCUUUAACCGGAUCUACGUGGCAUCCGUCCACCCUGACCUGUCAGAUGAUGACAUCAAGAGUGUGUUUGAGGCCUUCGGAAGGAUCAAGUCUUGCACGUUAGCCAGAGACCCCACUACAGGGCGACACAGAGGCUUUGGCUUCAUUGAGUAUGAAAAGCCUCAGUCAGCCCUGGACGCUGUGUCUUCUAUGAACCUCUUUGACCUGGGGGGUCAGUACCUACGAGUGGGCAAAGCAGUGACUCCACCAAUGCCCCUACUGACCCCCACGACCCCUGGUGGUCUGCCACCUGCUGCAGCUGUGGCUGCGGCGGCAGCCACUGCUAAGAUAACGGCCCAGGCAAGUAUGAAUCCCUUCCAAAGGGAUUUAAUGGCCUUCCAGGAGGCUGUAGCCGGCGCAUCAGUCUUGGGGGCGUUAGCUGCGCCCCAACUUCUCGGUCAGCAAAUGGGAAUACCUCAGGCUGUCAUGGCUGCCCAGGCACCAGGGGUCAUCACAGGUGUGACUCCGGUGCGUCCUCCCAUACCAGUGCUUCCCCAGGUUGGUCUUGUGAACCCAGUGCUUGCAUCACCGCCAGUCCUGUCUAAUCAAGCUGGUGGCUCCAACCAACAAGAGAAGAAAGAGGAGAAAGAAGAGAUGCUUCAGGAUGGUACAGGGCAGGAGAUGUUGAGUGACCAAGAGCACAUGAGCAUCUCAGGCAGCAGUGCCAGGCAUAUGGUGAUGCAGAAACUGCUUAGAAAAUCAGAGUCCACUGUGAUGGUGCUUCGAAAUAUGGUUGGACCAGAGGACAUUGAUGACGACCUGGAGGGUGAGGUGACGGAAGAGUGUGGCAAAUUUGGCUCUGUCAACAGAGUCAUUAUUUACCAGGAAAAGCAAGGAGAAGAGGAGGAUGCAGAUAUCAUUGUCAAAAUCUUUGUAGAGUUUUCCAUGGCCUCAGAGAUGAACAAAGCUAUCCAGGCCCUCAAUGACCGCUGGUUCGGGGGUCGCAAGGUUGUCGCAGAGGUGUAUGACCAAGACCGUUUCAACAGCAGUGACCUGUCUGCAUAAAAUGUCUGAAAUGGUUCACCAGCACCCACCCCCCAUACCUGUCGCCCAAACUCAUUUCAGCCACAGUCAUUGCAGCUAGAGAUGAGGGUCUCCGAAACUUGUAAUUAUGUUUUUAUUUUCUUUUUUUAAAUUGCUGUUGAUAUUAAUGUUAAACGCCCCAUCGGGGGGAUUCAUUCAGAAUACUUCGUGUCAGAUUUUGCUUUGUGAUCUGUGAAAACUCCCUUUUUGGUGCAAGUUUCAAAUUUUUGUAAUCCAGUCUUGUAAAACAUUUAGGUUAUCUUGCUUUAGUUCCUUUUUUUUUCUUUCAUGAAAAUGCCGGGACAUGUAAACACUUUUUCUUUCUAUGAUUAAAGGUUAUUGUUUGUCCAAAAAAGUGUGAUGCAAAUUGUUUUUAUUAAGGUUUGUGAAAGAAGUAUCCUUUUGAAGAUGUAUUUGUACAUACGCUUGUGUGUUCUGGUUGUAGAACAUAGCAUUUGAUUACGAAGUAAAAACAUUCUAAAGCAACUACUGCUUAGUUGUAUUUGUACAGGGGGAAAACAACUUUCCAAACACCUUACAGUAUAAUCAUCUGACUUUGAACAGAGGUAUUUUCCUUAAUGGUCAUUUUUGAGGCCUUUGUUUGUAGAGAUUGUAAGCAAAUACUGUAUUUUGCCUGUAUUUUACAAAUUGUGGCCGAGGUCUGCUUAUAACUACUGUAACUCUGAAAGUCAGCUCUCCUUUUUGGCAUACUGCAUGUGGUCAUCUUUUUUGAAAUGCCUGACCACAAUGAGUUUGUAUUUAGAAACAUCUUUAAUUAUCUUACAAUGCAAUUGGGAGAGUGUUUAUCUUUGCUAGGUUUUAUAGUCCUUCAUCUCUGCAGUAGCUUUAUUUGUGCCACUGUCCAACCAAACAGUUAUUGGAGAAUAUAAGUGGUUGUUUCACAAAUUCAGUGCUUGUAUUGAAUAACACUCUGAUGAGAAAGAUAAUUGCUUAACAUGUCAUUAAACUGUAAAAGCAACUGUUGAAGUCAUGAAAAUCAAA